AUGAAAUCCUAGGCUUUUCUUAUUACGAUUCUACUUUAACAAGAUUACUGGUGCAUUACUAUCAACUUGCUGAGUACUAUCCCAAGAUUAGUAAAACUUUAAAAGCAAAUCUAAUUUGAAUACAAUAUCUUCAAUUAAUUGUCACUUUUAAUAAUCUUAAUAAUAAAAGCGAUCUUACUGGUCCACGUCCUCACAUGCUUUUGGUUAUUCAAAUUGUUAAAUGAAGAGGAGGACUCCUUCUUAGAAUAGUAUUUGCAUUCCUUGUACUAUGUACUAAGUAUUUUGACCUUCAACUCUACCUUAAUCGAUAUAAAUGACCAUCAGAGUGUUAUUGUCUAUACUGUCAUUUCAUUCAUCUCUCUCCUUUUCUUGGCCUAUUUCUUAGCUAAAAUGAUUGCAAUAAUCAAGGAGGAGGAACUAGAACAACAAUUAAGUGAAUUUAUGACUUAGACAAACUUGGAUUCCACUCUAAAACAAAAAAUAUUGAGUCAUUUGCUCUAUCAACCGUAAUACUGCCAUGAUAGGUUCAUUUCAAAAUUAUCCAGUAACUUAAAUUAAGAAUACAAAGUCAGUCAAAGAGCCAAAUUAUUGUAUUCAUAUUUUAAACACUUUAAUAAAAGGACAAUUUAAAAAAUUAUCGAUAAUAGCUACGAAAUUGUAUGUUAACCUGAUUAAACCAUAAUUCAAGAAGGAACAUUGGAUGAUUGCUCACUAUAUUUCAUCUUAUAAGGUUAGGUGUAUUUGAAAUCUAAGAAUAAUAUCAAGUUGUAGGUUUGGAAACAAAAUAAAUCAUUUGGCGAAAUUGAAUUUUAUACUCAAAAACCAAGGAAUUUCACUGUUCAAAGCGAAGGAGUAACUAGACUAUUAAAAAUUGAACGCUCAACUUUCUUAGAACUUUUGAACUUUACUGACAAACAAUUGUUUAUUCAACAGAGGGAUAAAAUCAUCUUCAAUUUAGGUUUACCAAUUGAAUGUGCCUGUUGUUUAUAGGAUGAUCACAUUAUCACAAAAUGUCCUAUGUUGACAUAUAGGCCAGAUAAAAGUUUCAUUGUAAAAAAGUUUACCUUUCCACAUAAACAACCAAGGCAAGAAUAUAAAAGAAGAGUCUCAAAGGAUAUGAAGGCAUUAAAUUUUUAUUAAUGUGCCUCAUAAUAUGAAGUGGCAUUUUUAAAACUGUUUUCAGAUCAAUUACAUAUGUCGCAACUUAGCCAAUCCCAAUUUGCAUAUGAUGAUUUAGCUAUUCGGGAUUCAUAUAUCAGUGCCAGAAGUUUAACAAAAUUAAGCAGAGACAGAUCAGUUGUCAAGUCCACUUCUUUUAUGAAAUAGCAAUCAGCCUAUGAAUAAUAAUCUUUUCCAAAUAACACAGACAAUAUAUUCUCUAAUUUAGAUUAAGAUAAAGAAUUUCAAAUCCUCAAUGGUAAAUAAGAUAAAAAUUAUGAUGAAUUUGCAUCAUUAGCCAGAACAGACCAAUAGAAAAGAACAUUUGCAACUGCAGGAUUUGGAUCUCAAAGCUUAGCUGCAUCAAAUAAAGAUCUAACUUAAAAAUCCUUAAACAUCAUUUUGGAACACGAAAACUCUGACAGUAUCUCUGAACCCAACUCUAAGUCGAUAGAGGAAGAGAAUGUUGUUGAGUCUCCUUAAGAUAAAUUUGAGAGGAAGAAUAAUGAUCCGAAAUUAACAUUCAAUUACAAUUUUGAAACCUAAAUGAAUGAACUUCAAAAGUAAAAUUAAAGUCCUCCUCGAUUAUCACGUCUAGGAUCUGGCUCAAUUAGACAACAAAGUUCAAGGAAUAGUACAUAUAAAUAUCCAGAUGUAAUCAGUCAACGUGAAAAUUCAUCCAGAUCACUUACUUAUAGUCCAAUUCCUUCUAAUAGUUAAUAUAAAUCAGGAAAGCCUUCCUCUAAGCAGCAUAGAAAGUCUACUUUUUCUUUCCCCUAAAAAUUAAUUUAAUAAACUCGUUAAGUUGAAAUAACCAAUUUUGAUGAUAGUAGAAGUUAGCAAUAAAGACCUUCAAUCAGGAAGAUAUCUACUAAAACAGGAACCAAAGUAUCUGUCAUCCCUUCUAGUUUUUAACCAUUUAGUAAUGUGGAUUUACCCGUCUAUGCUAACAACCCUUUUGGACUUAAUAAUUUUGAUGCUAUGUGUACUUUUGAUGACUAUUUGCCUCACAAUAAUUAUGAGAUCACCAUUUAUAAGUAUUUUAUUGAUAAAUCAUUAAGGGCGAACAAAUUUAGAAACAUUAAAAAAAUACAUAUUUCGAAGUACUUAUCCGACUAUCAAUUAUCAAAAAUGAUUUAGUUAUUAAAAUAAAAAAGAUUGAAAACAGUUAAAAGUUAACAAAAAUUAGAGUGA